AUGUCGUCGGCCCAUCCAGGUGUAGAUUUGAAGGAGUUGGGCGAUGCGUUGGGGGAGGAGAAUGAUACACAUGCGCGGAAAGCGCCGGAGCCGACGCCUCGCGAGUCGUCGGAUGUAGCCACGAUCCAUUCCAUCUUUCCUUCCAUGGAUACACGGACGAUUGCCAGUGUACUGGAGAAGUACCGCGGUAAUAUGGAGGCAGGUGCGUUUGUGUAUGCAUUGACAUUAGCGAUUCCCGUUCUUUUGCAAAAAAGCGAUCCAGAUUUCAAGCCGAGUGCCGCCGAUCUUGCCCAGCAGCAGGACGAACGGCUCGCAAAGCACCUGCGUGUAAGACAGGCCGAGGCCGAGCCUCCGCGUGCGCAGACGUGGGACCCGUCUCAAUUGAGUUACAGCCCGCGUUUGCCUCGUGCAAGGAGAGGCGCGCAAGGCACUGCACCGCCGAAUCACCACGCGAACCUAGAGACGCCGGAAAUGUACGAGUAUAGAACAACUACAUUCCACGCAGACGACGCGCCGCAAAUCAACUGGCACGAAGAAUUUGCGCGUCUGAAACAAACGGGCAUGGCCAAGGUAGGAUCGACUUUCUCGCAGCUCCGCCAAAAAGCAGAGACGGCGAUGCGUACCUUGGACGAAGAACGAGGCUUGCGAUUCAAGCGGGGAGGCCCAAAGCCUGCAGAGCAGGCCGGCGGGCGCCACAGCAUUGUGAAUCAGAAAAACCAAGAAAACUGGGAUACUGUGCAGCAGACACUCCGUCACGUCUACGACGCCGAUCCACAGCCAGUGCACGAUGCAGAGCUGGAAAAGAUGAUGCGCGGCGAAGAGACCUCGUCAUUGGGCAGCGGCGAUGCAGUGAAGCGCAGCAAGGCUCGCCAGACAAACACGCCUCUAUGGGGUCAGCGCUAUGCCACCAAGCCGCCGAGCUCGACGGCGCGCAACACGGUGCCCUUCACGGGUACGGAUCUCAAAGGAUGGGACGACGUGGGCCAUAUUGAGCCCGAAAACAUGGCGCCCAGCGAGAAAAAGGAGCCCGAUGCAGACACCAAACUGCCCGAAAAGAAGCCCAAGGCAAAAUCUGACGCACCCAGCGAGGCGACGUCUAGCAGCGCCACGGACGAUCCAUCCGCCCCACCCCUGGAACACGCUCCUGCCUCAGAUACCAACAAGGCAGGGUCCGAAUACGUGAACAACCCAUUUGAUGAUGACGACUAG